AUGGAAGAUGAAAGAAGGAGUAAGUGAGAAUGAGAUGGAAAAGAAGCAGGGGAGGUAGAGCAAGAGAAUCAGUACGAAUAUCUAGUAAAUUUUUAUAUUUUAAAUUAUAUACAAGUUGUUUCUCGUAUCACAUAUACAUACAUACAUAUAUGCAUGUAUACAUAUAUAUAUACACACACACGAUAUGUAAUACAAUACAAACUCUUAAUUACAAUUUUAUAUAUAUAUAUAUAUAUAUAAUUUUAAUAUAAGAAGAGUUUGUAGUAGUAAAGGAUGUAGUCUGGUAUUGAUAAAUCAUGUUCAUGAAUGUAUAUACGUAUAUAGUUCCAACAUUUGCUAUCUUUUUAUAAAAAACAGAAUAAAAUACUUGUUCUUUAAUUGAAUAGCAAUGCAAAAUUUUGGUUCGUAAUUUAUUUAAUAUUUCGUAAUUGUUUAUUCUUUUUGACAAAAAAUAUUUUUCAAAAUUCUUUUUUCCUUGAUACGACUAACGAAUGAUUAUUGGUGAAUAUAUAAAAAUUUUAUUCAUUGCGUAAAAUUAUAGUCUUUAAAAUAAAUGAGGUACACUGAUUAUUGAAUUAUUGUGAAACAACUAUCAUUGUUAACGAAUAUAAUUUUUUCUUAAUAGUGAUAAUGAAUUGUGAUAUCACACCAAAUAAACAUGGCGCUUAUUUGAUACUGGAGUCUUUCACUUGGAAUAAGCCGCAAACGUUAUUUCAAUUUAUAUCAAGUUAGUAAUUUCAUUUCUCACAUUUUUUUCAUAGAUAAUUCAAGUCAUUUACGAUACAGUGAAUGUAUCGUCUAUAUUUCGAACUGUUUUCACGAGGAAACGUUUGAUAGAUCUGAACGUCAUACAUGUCAAAAUGGCCCGGGAAUAUGACCAUUUAUUUAAGCUUCUAAUAAUAGGAGAUAGUGGAGUAGGAAAAAGUUCUCUGCUGUUACGAUUUGCUGAUAAUACUUUUAAUGGCAGUUACAUAACGACAAUAGGAGUGGAUUUUAAAAUUCAAACUGUGGAUGUAGAUGGUGAGAGAGUAAAGCUCCAAAUUUGGGAUACAGCUGGACAAGAACGUUUUCGGACAAUAACUUCAACUUACUACAGGGGAACACAUGGUGUUAUAGUUGUGUAUGAUGUGACCAGUGGUGACUCUUUUGCUAACGUUAAAAGAUGGUUGCAUGAAAUCGAACAAAAUUGUGAUGUGGUCAACAGGGUACUUGUAGGAAAUAAGAAUGAUGCACCUAAUGAAAAGGUUGUAUUAACAGAAGAUGCACAAAGAUUUGCUAAUCAAAUGGGAAUUCAGUUAUUUGAAACUUCCGCUAAAGAUAAUAUUAAUGUGCAAGAAAUGUUUAUGGCUAUAACACGGCAAGUAUUAAGAACGAAAAAAGAAAGGAAGGAACGACAAGCUAUACAAACCAGUGAAACAGUCAAUUUAAGAAAAAGCACAAAACAACAUAAAAAGAAAUGUUGUUAACAACAUUGUAUAAGCAUGCAAUCUGUCAAUACCAUUUAGAGUAACAAAAAUGAAGAAAAACUAAAACAGAGAGCAUGCAUAGCAACAAAAUGAUCAUAUAAUGUAAUACCAACAUUUUUUAAAACUAUUAAGUUUUGUAUCUAAAUUACAACAUCGAAGAUUGUAUUCUCAUAGAAAUAUACUUUGAUGCUAGUAAUGUUCAAUAUACAUAGGAUGCAAAUGUUAUGAGUGUGUAGUGUUUAUUUAGCAAAAGUAACUUUGUAAGUAACACACUUUUCAACAAGCUACAUAUUUUAAAUGUGGCAUUGAAAACAUAAAGGCCUAUUUAUAUUGUACAAUUUACAAUUUACAAAAAAUCAGCACAACAAGAGAAACAAGU